CAAUUGCAUUUGUACCAGUGUUUCCUCAAUGUUCUGUCACCUAACUAACUUAAACAGUGACAAUAAUAACAAUGAUUUGAUUCAACCACUGCUAAAUUAAUUACAUUGAAUAAUAGUAUCAAAUAUAAUGCUAUAUUUUUAAAAAAUUUGAUUACAAGUUAAUUUAAUUUUUGAUACAUCGGGAUUAAGAAACACUGGUAUUCACAAUAAUAAAAUAAUUAUUAAGCUAUAAGCUAUUAUACGGUAAGUUGUUAUUGCAUAAAGAGUAUCAAUAUUUUAGUGCUUUGGAAGUUAUAUAUUGCUCUCAGAUUAAGAAAAUUGUCAGUUGAUUGUGAUACUUGAAGUGCAAAGAUGAUUGCCGACUUGCCUAAAGACAUAAUAACCGAUUCUUUGAAAAUGCUUCGGCUCGGGCGCCACCACCCGACUGGUAGCAUUUGGUGGACGAUUUUUUUCAUACCAGUUAACACUUUUUUUUGCUCACUACUUAUAAUACUGAGCAUUGUUGGAAUUGUACGUUAUCACGAAGACGACGUUUUUCUUGCAGUGGACUGUUUGGGAACUUGUACUUUAAUGCUUCACGCAAUAAGCAAGCAGAUUUUCCUGCACGCUCAGAAAAACGCAAUAAACGUGCUUCUAAAAAUGAAAUCGCAAUUCUGGAAUUUGGACGAUUUCGACGGCGAAAUUUCCAAAGAAUGUGAAAUGAUUCUAACGUCGGGAAAAAUCGCUGUGCGGAUUUAUUUUUCUUUCACUUGUGCUGCCGCCACUUUUUAUUUUCUGCAACCCUUCACAGCACACCAUUUACCAUCUGAUUGUUAUGUUCCCGAGGGAUGGUUCCCGUUUUUAGCCAUUUCGUACAUGUACUUGAUCCCGACUUUAGUUCCGUCGGUUGUGGGUCUGGACGCCUUAUUCUGGGCACUUGGGCUUUCGUUAGCCGUCCAGUUUAAACUAUUGGCCCAAAAAUUUAAACUACUUGGGACUUGUCACGAAAACGAAACUGCAAUUUUGUGGAACCAAUUGAAAGAACUGAUCAACUACCAUCGAUUUUUGAUUGAUUUUUGCAAAAAACUAAACAAAUUGUUUAGUUUCAUAUUUUUUGUCCAAUCUUUUAUUACAAUAACGUCAGCUUCAGUUGCUGUUUUUAUCGUAAUGCAACCUGGCAAUUUGAGUACCAGAGUGAAAUGUUUACUGACUUUUGUUUCAUAUAUUUUAGAAAUGGCUUUUUAUUGCCUCCCGGCUGAAAUGUCAGUAAAUGCUGCCAUCGAUGUUGCUGAUUCUGUGUAUAACUCAAAAUGGUUUAGAAUUAAAUCAACGGAAUUUAAGAAAUGUUUGAUCUUAAUAAUAGGAAGAGCUCAAAUUCCGUUCACUUUUAGUGGAUUUGGACUUAUCCACAUUAAUAUUCGCAUGUUCCAGUUGGUUUGUAAAACCACGUUUACAUUUUAUACUUACCUGAACACGGUCCAAAAUAGGCAGUAAGGCUUUUUGUUAUUAACUACAGAAUGAUUCAAAAGUCUCGAAUCAUUUCUUGAGUAUUGAUAAAAAUUUGUUUGAUCUUGAUUUUAUAAGAUAUAACUUAAAAAAAAUUGUUUUUAAUUUAGUUAGCAUUUUUUUUCAUUUUUUUUAUUUAUAGCUUUUUAGUCUUUACUUAUUCUAAACGUCUUUUACUCUGAGCUUUGUAUUGUAACACCAUUAUUUUGCUGAUUUGUGCAAAGAUUUAACUCUUUUAGGGGGUAAUUAAUUAUGUAGAAUUGCAUUGUCAUGUAGAUUACGUAUGUGUGCAAAAUUUCAGUUCAUUGGGACAACGGGAACCCUUUCAAAUUUGGCUCCAAAAAUAUGAAACAGACAGACAAACAACAAAGCAAGUUAAAAUAAAACUUUAAAAAAAUAAGUCUCUGAACACCAUACGAGAGUCGAUCCUGCACUUUUGAAUCAUCCUGUAUAAUAUAAACUAUUUUUGAGUGUAAUUUAAUUAUUUGAAAAUAAACUUUGUAUAAGUACA